AUGACCGUCACAGUUGCUGCCGGUUCUGCGGAGGACAGCACUGCCGGAGUUCAGCGUAAAGUUUUGGCAGAAAGAAGGAAGCGUUCAAGGGCUAGAGAUCCUGGAACCAAGCAUCAAACGACUUCACGUCCAUCGAAGAGGCUGAAGACUGUGUGCUGGCAGACUCAGCAUCGCCUGCCGGCGGACGAGUCAACAAUGGCCGGAACGCAGCUCGUCAAAGCACCUGCGAGAAGGAGCCAGAAACUAGGGGAUAAGAUAACAGCUCUUCAGCAGCUCGUCUCUCCUUUCGGCAAGACGGAUACUGCAUCGGUACUUCACGAGGCUGCUCUUUCUAUCAACUUCCUUCACGAGCAAAUAAAGAUGCUGGCCGCUCCAUACUUUGGAAUGAGCUCGCCAGAAGUGCGGGUUCAGGGCCAUGCACGCAACAGCGCUGACUUGCGGAGUAGAGGACUGUGUCUUGCUCCCGUCGACGCCAUACCGGAGCUGAUGGAUGGAAAAGCUUGCAGUAGCUGUUGGCCAGAGAUACUGGUGAGGGAAGCUGGUCUCGAUCGCCACCGCCUUUCCAACUUCACCACCAUGUAUACACCGUGAGCACCGACCUCAGCGUGGUCUGCACCUACCAUAGUUCGUGCUCCUCAAGCGAGACCCAGAAUAGCUCCAUGUCAGUUCGAAAUGGUAUGACGCCCAGAAUAGUUCACAUUGUAGUUGAUGAGAUGGCUUUGUGCUUGGUUGGUGGUGUUAUUUCCGUUUACCUUUCUUUUCUAGAGAGAUGGACC